AUGUGCGAUGUAGAAACGAGUUCGAAGGGGGUGAGACUAAUAUGGCGGUUUCUGGCAAGCCCACGCGGGCUUCUGGCGAUCGAGGGCGCGGGGGAAGGGGAGGGGAAGUUCGCGUUUUGCUCCGCUGAUCGCUCGCGAGUUAGCCCUGCGCCGGCGCAGCGUGACGGACGUGCUUUUCGACGUCACUACGACAGUGAAAGCGCCCCGCGUACAGUCAACAAUGAAACAGUGACAAAACAAACAUUAUUAAAGGUGCUUCAAUGGUGUUUUGCUAUGGAAAUCGUCAGCGUCUGUGGUUUACUGUGUUCCGAUGCGCGUUUGGAG